CGCGGGACCGGCCCCCCGCCAGCGGGCCGGGCCUGGAGGAAAAGGACCUGGCGGGGAAGCCGGGGGGUCGCGUAGAGGCGCAGCCGGGCAGGGCGCACCCUGGGCGGGCAGGUCCCGCCGCCAUGUCCCGGUGGUUCUUCCCCUGGUCCAGCUCCAUCAAGAAGCGGGCCUGCCGCUACCUGCUCCAGCACUACCUGGGCCACUACCUGGAGGAGCGGCUCAGCCUCGAGCAGCUCAGCCUGGACCUUUACCAGGGCGCCGGCGCGCUCCGGGACAUCCACCUCGACGUCUGGUCUGUGAAUGAGCUACUGGAGUCAGCCAAUGCCCCGCUGGAGAUCGUCGAUGGCUUCAUCGAGAGCAUCUCGGUCGCCAUCCCCUGGGCCGCACUGGUCACUGAGAACUGCACUGUGGAGGUCACGGGGCUCCAGGUCACCUGUCGCCCCAAGGACCGCACAGGCUCUGCGGGCAUGGAAGCUCAGAGCUGGGCCUCAGGCAUGACGACAAGCCUACAGCUGGCCAAGGAGUGCCUCAAGGAGCAGCCCGAGGAGCCGCCCCAGCCCCUCGAGGGCCUCGAGAUGUUCGCCCAGACCAUCGAGACAGUGCUGCGGCGGAUAAAGGUGACUUUUGUGGACACCAUUGUGCGGGUGGAGCAUGCACCCGGCAGUGCCCCUGCAGGGGUGGCGCUGGAGUUGCACAUCAAGAGGCUGGAGUACUGCGAUGAGGCGCUGCGGGAGCCCGGCCCGGCGCCGCCCCCUGACGUGCACCAGCUGCCGGCCGUGGUGCGCAAGGUGCUGCAGCUGCGCGGUGUGCGGCUCUGCUAUGAGGAUCUGGCUCCGCCCCCACCGCUGGCCCCACCCCAGGCAGGCGCCCCAGCUGCCCCCCCCAGCGCCCUCUUGCAGAUCGGCAGCUGCUCGGGCUACACCGAGGUCACAGUCAAAGUCAAGCAGAAUGAGGCCCUGCCUGGACCCAAGUUGGAGCUGGACGGGAAGCUGGGCGCGCUGCACCUGCUGCUGGCCCCCGAGCACAUCACUGCCCUGCACAGCCUCCUCGCUGCCCUCGGCACCUCUGGUGCUGGCGGCCCGCGGGAGAGGCCCAGCAAGAGCCGCCCGCUGGACUCUGAGGACCUCAAGCUGAUCGAGCAGGACCUGAACCAGCAGCUGCACGCGGGGCUGGGCCCAGGCCGGCCGGACGGGGCUGACAGCUUUUUGGGUAGCGAGAACGGAGAGAUGUUCUUCUCCAUGGCCCCCCUGACCAGCAGUGUGACCUCGACCCGCUCGGUCGGGGAGCUCUCCGACAUUGACCUGGACAGCUCCGUCCACAGUGACUAUGGCCCUGGCCCCCUGCAGCCCCCUGCCUUCGCCCCUGGGCUGAUCCUCAGCAGCCCCCGGCGCUUCGGCCACUCGCCCUUCGCUGCCACCGUCCCCGGGCUGGGCAAGCUGCAGGGCAAGCCCCCCCAGCCGGACAGCCUGCGCCCCGAGACGCUGGUGCGGGUGACGGUGGGCGGGCUGACACUCACGGUACCCCACCAGGGCCCUGCCCCUGCCCCACCUCUGCCAGCCCAGGACUUCUUCACCGAGCUGGACUCCUGCAAGGACGCUGCCUUCGGGGGCCGGGACUUCUCCCCCCUGCGUCAGACCUUUGAGAGGGCCUGUCCACACAGCCACCUUCGGUUGACGGCAGCUGCGGUGCAGCUGAGCUGGGAGCAGAGGGCAGCCUGUGGGCUCCACGUGGCCAGUGCAGACCUGGGCUGCGGCAAGCUGGAGGUCCUGGAGUGCCUGUGGCCAGAUGAGGGGUCCCGAGUGCCCAUCUACACUGAGCUCCUGAGUUUUGCAGCCCCCAGCGAGGCCUCGGCCCGGCCCUGCGCCCAGGUGCGCUAUAAGCAGACGGAGCAGCUGCCCCCCAAGGGCAGAGGCCAGCGUCGGCGCGUGGGGGCCACGCGGAGCUCGGAGGUGGCCGUGGACCUGGCCCCGUUCCAGGCCGAGGUGGAUCUGGGCGCCCUGGACCGGCUGGCCCCGCUCCUCCGGCUGGCGGGAGCCCCGUCCCCCAGAGACACGCCACCCCAUAGCCAAGGGGAGCUACACAUGGCAGAGUGGUCCCCGGCGGGGGAGCGGCGGGUGGGGCUGCGGCUGGCAGCACCGCGGGCGACGCUGCGCCUGGCCUUCCCGGUGCCCGACCUGCGGGGGCCGGGGGCGCGGCGGUCCUGGGCCCAGAGGGCCGUGCGGCCCGAGAGCCUGCGCCUGGAGCUCAGCGACUUGGCCCUGCGCUCGGAGCUGCACGCUGCCCCCAGCGCCCCCCCGGCCCCCGCCCACAUCGAGGCCUCCUUCAGUGACCUGCAUGGUGUGCUGGAGGACGGGGCGGGGGCUGAGGUGCCCUGCGUGCGGCUGAGCAGAGCCCUUGACCCGGCAGCCAAGGGUCCCGGCAAGGCCUAUCUGGUGCCAAAGAUCACACUAACCCUGAACCCCCCACCCGGCCUGUCCCCCUGGGACCUGGGGCUGGACAAGGCAGAGGAGCUGGAGCUGUCGCUGGCCGAGAGCCCCUGCGAGCUGCCCCCGUCCGAGGCCUCGCCCUUCUCCUCCAAGAGGACCAUGUACGAGACUGAAGAGAUGGUGAUCCCCGGGGAACCCGAGGAGAUGGCGGCCUUCCAGGCGGCCACAACCGAGGCCUCACGCUGCGCCCUGGAGGUGACGCUGCCCAGCGCCCACAUCUUCCUGCCCGGCAAGGCCUUCUACGAGCGCCUGUACAACAGGAUCAACAACGACCUGCUGAUGUGGGAGCUGAGCUGCCCCCUGCUGCGCUCGCCGGGACCCGCAGGGGGCGCUGCAUCCACCCCCGGCCUCUUCCCCGGGGUCUCUGAUCGCUUCCGCAUGUGCAAGUCGGCCUUCAAGCUGGACUCGGACUCCGAGGACGAGGAUGCCCCAUUCCCAGGGGCUGAGGAGGGCAGGGCUGGGCACCGCAGUGGGGAGGGGCCUGGCCCGCACCCCCAGAGCCACUGCUCCGUCGUCUUCAACAUCCUCAAGGGUCGUGUCACAGCUCUGUGCGACGCCAAGGGCGAGGCUGGUCAGCUGGUAGCCAAGUCGCACGGGGAGCUGGUGCUGGAUGUGGACGACUGCACCAUCUUCAGCGUCUCCCAGUACAAGGGGCAGGAGGAUCUCGGCUACCUCUGCAUCGAGGCUGAGAGAGUCAACCUCUACCACAGUGCCGUGCUGGACGACUACCCCCUGCCCGAGCGCCUGGAGCUGCCCAGCUUCACGCCCCCCGCCCGGCUGCGCCCCACACUGUACCCCUCCGAGGAGGGGGUGCCCGGGCGCCCAGCGGGGGGCAGGAGGGACCAGCCUGCCAAGAUGCUCGUGGCUGCCAUCCGCAUCCACCUCGACCUGGACAAGAACAUCAAGGAGUUCCUGGUGACCGUGCGGCUGGAAGGAGCUACCAUGAGGCACUACAUGGCCCUGCCCAAUCAGAGCUGGUACACGCAGCUCAUCGAGUUCCUGGACGUCGUGGAUGAGCCCAUCCUGGGCUACGACCCCCCGACCGUCAUCACGGUGCUGCACACGCACCUCUUCAGCUGCGCCGUGGACUACAGGCCCCUCUACCUCCCCAUCCGGGUGCUCAUCACAGCUGAGACCUUUACCCUGUCCAGCAACAUCAUUGUGGACACGUCCAUCUUCCUGCUCCGGUUCAUCCUAGACGACUCGGCCAUCUACUUAUCGGACAAGUGUGAGGCUGACUCUGUCGACCUGCGCAAAGAUUAUGUGUGCGUGCUGGACGUUGACCUGCUAGAACUGGUCAUCACCACGUGGAAGGGGGACACGGCAGGCAAGCUGAGCCAGCCGCGCUUUGAGCUGCGUUGCUCCAACAACGUGCUUCACCUCCACACCUGUGCGGACUCCUGUGCCGCCUUGGCCAACCUCCUCCAGUACGUUGUGAACCGGGGAGACCUGCACCCCCCGCCCCGGCCCCCCAGCCCCACUGAGAUCGCUGGCCAGAAGGUGCAGCUGUCGGAGAGCCCCGCCUCCCUCCCCUCCUUCCCUCCCGCCGAGACGGCCGUCAUCAACCAGCGGGACCUGACGGAUGCCCUCAUCGACACGGAGCGCGGCCUCCGGGACUUGGAUUCCCAGCAAGGCAAGGAGGGGCUGCGCCAGGCAUCGCCCGUCUCCGUGUACCUGUUCCCAGGGGAGAACGGCCGCCCCCCUGCCCCCGGCCCGGCUCCUGGGACCCCUCUGGAUGAGGGGCCGGAGCCAGGGUCCCCCACGGGCAGCAGGGUGGAAGGGGAGGCUGUCGAUGCUGACGACUUCUGCAUCCUGGAUGCCCCUGGCCUGGGUAUCCCGCCGAGGGACGGGGAGCCGGUGGUGACGCGGCUGGCGGAGGGGCCGGUCCCGGUGCGGGACGGGCACUUCUCGCGCCCGCUGGGCAGCACGGACCUGCUGCGGGCGCCCGCUCGCUUCCCCACGCCCGAGAGCCGCGUGCUGCUGCGCGACGUCUCCAUCGUCUGGCACCUGUAUGGCGGGCGGGACUUUGGCAGUGGGCGUGGCCCCCCUGGACACGCCCAUUCCCCCAGGAUGAAGCCCGGCUUGGGCAGCACCCGUGGGUCCCCGUCGCGCCCCACCCUCGCCAGCCGCCCCCAGAACACCUGGCGGGCGCAGGGUGGCGCGGGGCGCCAGCACAACAUGCUCAUGGAGAUCCAGCUCACCAAGGUGAGCUUCCAGCACGAGACCUACCCUGCUGGGGCGGAGGCAGGGGCCGGGGGGCCGCGGGGGGCGCCGGAGGCGGAGGAGCAGCCGGCCGGGCGCCAGGUGCUGCUGGUGCAGGAGCUGGAGGUCCGCGACCGCCUGGCCUCGUCCCAGAUCAACAAGUUCCUGUACCUGUACACCAGCGAGCGCAUGCCCCGGCGCGCCCACGCCAACAUGCUGACGGUGAAGGCGCUGCACGUGCUGCCCGAGGCCGGCCUGGGGGGCCCCGAGUGCUGCCUCCGCGUCUCUCUCAUGCCGCUGCGCCUCAACAUUGACCAGGAUGCCCUGUUCUUCCUGAAGGAUUUCUUCACUAGUCUGGCAGCUGGCAUUCACCCUGUGGUUCCCGUGGAGGCAGGCACAGAAGCCCGCCUGGAUGCCGGGGUCCGAGGUAGCCCAGAGUCCCUGGGGAAGGAGCAGGAAGGGGUGUCCAGGACCCCCGGGCCGGGAGGAGCCGACCUGACGUCCUCCAUGGAGACCACGUACAGCGAGAACAGCUCAUCCUCCACCGCCUCGUCCUCCGCCGACCAGCCCAUCUACUUCAGGGAGUUCCGGUUCACCUCCGAGGUGCCCAUCUGGCUGGAUUAUCACGGCAAGCACGUGACCAUGGACCAGGUGGGCACUUUCGCUGGGAUCCUCAUUGGCCUGGCCCAGCUCAACUGCUCGGAGCUGAAGCUAAAGCGUCUUUGCUGCCGGCAUGGGCUGCUGGGUGUGGACAAGGUGCUGAGCUACGCGCUGACCGAGUGGCUGAGCGACAUCCGCAAGAACCAGCUCCCGGGGAUCCUGGGCGGCGUCGGCCCCAUGCACUCCGUGGUCCAGCUGGUUCACGGCCUUCGGGACCUGUUCUGGCUGCCCAUCGAGCAGUACCGCAAGGAUGGGCGGCUCAUGCGGGGGCUGCAGCGCGGCGCCGCCUCCUUCGGGACCUCCACGGCCGCCGCCGCCCUGGAGCUCAGCAACCGCCUGGUGCAGGCCAUACAGGCCACGGCGGAGACCGUCUACGACAUCCUGUCGCCCACACCCCCGCCGCCGCGGGCGCUGCCUGCCCGGAGGCCCACGCGGAGGCAGCGCCGGGGGCAGCCGCCAGCCGACCUGCGCGAGGGCGUGGCCAAGGCCUACGACGCCUUCCGGGAGGGGGUGCUGGACACGGCUCAGACCAUCUGUGACGUGGCGGCCCGGGGCCACGAGCAGAAGGGGCUGCCGGGGGCGGUGGGGGGGGUCCUGCGGCAGCUCCCGCCCACCGUGGUGCGGCCCCUCAUCGUGGCCACGGAGGCCACGUCCAACCUGCUGGGGGGCAUGAGGAACCAGAUCCGCCCCGACGCCCGCAAGGAGGAGGCCCUCAAGUGGCGCCUGGACGAGCCCCAGGACUGACCGCCGCCCCCCGGGGCCCAGGCUCCCGCCUCGCCACAUCUCUCUAGACUAUGGGCUGGGGCUCUGGGCUGCCGCCCCCUCUCGUGGGUGCAUGGACCCCCGCCCUGCUGCCUGGACUGAGGAUUAAAGACGCUGCUUUGGUUUUCAGCCCCA